GCUUUGAAGAACGGUUUGUGCGGAACACUGGUUAUUCUUUUACCAACUUUUUGCAUGAAAUUGGGAUGCUUUUGCAGAUGAAAUAGAUUUUGGAUUUAUGAAGUGAAACGACCGAAUGUUUGGUCUCCAGUUUUUGAUGGCUGAACAACUCCAGAAAAUCCGGGCGUUGGGAUGUGAGGACGAAUCGCUCUGCUUCGCGGCCUACCGAGUCUUCAUUUACUUACAGCAAGAGAAAGGACUGAUCGAUGUACGGUACCAGUAUGUGGACGAUCUACGAACGCUUUACCUGACGGCCAAACGGGAGGCCACUGCGUUACCAGAGAUCUACCUUCCAGUGCUAUCUACGGUGGAUCUCGAUCUUGGCCAACUCGACCAGAUUCGUAACACCAUAGCGUCCUCGAGCGGAGACGUUGGAGAUGCUGCCGUUGCUUCUGAGAGCCUUAUCCUGGCCAUCUGCGAUCCCAGCUCGACGGUGCUACUGUACCGGCUGACGGGCGGCAUAAAGAGCAUUAAUAGUAAACUUCCUUCCCGAGGCCAACUGCUGCGGCAAAGGCAACUACAGAAACCACCAAAGGUUGGGUUAAAGGCAGCUCCUAACAACAGUUGACGAGAAGGAUGGGAAAUAAAAGGCGUACGGAUUUGAGUUUAA